AUUCGAGAUGUCCCAUAAUGCACCAAUACUCUUGUCACCAGUCUUUCUCAAAGCCAGGCUACCUAGGCAAUUUCAACAAGAUGGCGACGCAAGCUUGUGGUGACACCACAGAGGCAACCGAACUCUCAUCUUUACAGCGCUUGUACCUUAAACCUGUGGCCAAACUUGGCGUGCAUGUCACCUUACCAGAGAUCAAAGUCGCUGGCGUAUCGAUAUCAAACUGGGAGGUAAUGGAGAGGCUAAAAUCCAUGGUUGCCCCCGAUCAAUUCACUGUGUUAAAAGUUGUGGAAUCGUCAAUGGAAUUCAUUCGCUUUGAAGGUGAAACAGACACCAAAAGUUUAAUCACGAAAUUUAUUUCAAAACUGGAAGGAAAGUUUAUGAAACUAAGCGGAUUUGCGGAACCGCUCAAAGUUCGAGCAGCAGAAUCUAAGAUGAAAUUUCCCACUGCACAUGAUUGGAAUUCUUUCUUCAGAGAGGCCGAAAGUUUAGAUGAACGAAAUCCAGGUGAAAGACCAGACACGAUUCACAUCAAAGGAUUGCCGUGUAAAUGGUUCGGAAAUGAUGAGUCUGCUAACAAACCAAGCGAAGAAGUCUUGGCGUCAGUUUUUAGUCGUUUUGGGAAAAUCCGGUCUGUGGAUAUACCCAUCUUGGAUCCUUACAGGCAGAAGAUAUCAAAAGGAAACAGUGAAUUUCAAACGUUUUACUAUGGCUCACACCUUCACUUCGACACUUUUGUUCAGUACAGUCAGUAUCAAGGGUUUUCAAAUGCCAUGGCAGCACUGAAAGGUAUGAAAUUAAUGUACAUUUCUGAAGAGGGACGUGCCGCAACUGCUAACAUUCAAGUAGAUUUUGACAAAUCAGGCCAUUUGUCAGCUAAGAACAUUAAAAAGAGGGAUCAGGAGAGACAAAAGUUAAUUGAUAUGGAAAGAAAAGAGGAAGAGAGGAAACAGAGAGAGAGAGAGGAAGAAGAGAGACGGAAAGAACUUGAACGGUUAGAAAAAGAGAGGAAGGAAGCUGAACAACAGAGGCUGCUUCAAGAGGCAAUCAGGAAGAAAGAAGAAAGGAAAAGGGCUAGGGAGGAAAAGAAAAGACAAAAACGUGCAGAGAGGAUUAGAAGGGAGAUUGAACGGAAAGAAAUGAUAAAACGAUUGGAAAAGGAAAGGGAAAGGAAGGAAGCUGAAAGAAAACAAUGUGCUAAGAGAUUGUUAUUGGAACUUCUCCAACGCAUAGCCACAUUGAAAGAACAGGAAGAAGAGGAGAUGAGGAAACUAGAGGAGGAAAGAAAAAAGAGAGUUCAGGAAUUAGAAAUGCUUAGACAAAUGGAAGAAAAAAAGCGGAAACUUGAAGAGGAAGAGAGAAGAAGAGAAGACGAAGAGAGAAGAAAAAAAGAAAAGCUAGAAGAACAAGAAAAGGAACUGAGAGAUAAACUAAUUCAAAAUCUAAAAAAGAUGGAAGAGAGAAGAGAUAAACUGAAAAAAGAGCUUUUGCAGAAACAGAUCGCAAACAACACUCGUAAGCUAACAUCAUUUGUUAGUAAUACUUGCACUGGAAAGUAACUAUUUAUUAUUUAUGUAUUGACAGUUAUGUCCAUCUUUGGCAUAAAGUAAUCAACCACCACUGUGAUAUAGAACGAUUUUUAUGACCUUGAAAUGAUUACAUGCCAUCAAACGCAAAUAACAAAUAAACAGUAAAAGGAAAGUUUCCUUUUUGAAUAGCACAAACAAACACAUGCACCCCCAAUGUUCCAUUGAUAUCAAUGUCAUCGGUGGCAUCCAUUCACUUGUCUUGACCAGUCCAUCUGUAAUUACACUGUGACUACUCAAACUGGGCCUCUUAAAAGAAACUAACCAAUCAUAGCAGAAACUGAGAACAAUGGACUGGUAGCUUCUUGUGAUGGCAACUGACAGUCUCUUUGAUGUGAAUACAUAAACACUAUUGAAUUCUCUGCAUUAUACACACUCUUUGAGAUUCAAUCCUUGACUGCAAAUUAUCAUAAUUAUAAAUCUCGCCUGAAAAAAUUAGUUUGAAAACUUAUUUUGCAUCAGCUAAACUGAAACCACUGAAAAGUGUACAAAAGUUAGGAUCGAAACAAGCCAAUUAGCAAAUGGCAGUUUCCUGAGAGGUUGGCAACAACUUGCACUUUGUUGGGUUUUCAUCUUGUUUGUAUGUUAAACGAACAAUGUUAUUGGUUUAUUUGAGAGAAAAGGUCAGUAUCCUUUGUUCUCAAGUAACAUUC